AAGCCGAGCAACUUGCCCAAGUCCUUCUUCUUUUCCCAUUAACAAGAUAUGAUAUCACCAAGCCAAACGUCAUCAUUAAGUUGGAGCAGGGAGAGGAGCUGUGGAUAACGGGAGGUGAAUUUCCAUGUCAACAUAGUCCAGAUCGUGAAGAAGUCAUGCUACCCACGCUGGAAUGAGACGUUUGAAUUUGAGCUGCAGGAGGGGGCCAUGGAGGCGCUGUGCUUGGAGGCCUGGGACUGGGACCUUGUCAGCCGAAACGACUUCCUGGGCAAAGUGGUGAUCGAUGUCCAGAGACUGCGGGUGGCGCAGCAGGAGGAGGGCUGGUUCCGGCUGCAGCCCGACCAGUCCAAGAGCCGGCGGCAUGACGAGGGCAACCUGGGCUCCUUGCAGCUGGAGGUUCGGCUGCGGGACGAGACGGUGCUGCCCUCCAGCUACUACCAGCCACUGGUGCACCUGCUGUGCCACGAGGUCAAGCUGGGCAUGCAGGGCCCAGGGCAGCUGAUCCCACUCAUCAAGGAGACAACCAGCACCGAGUGUCGCCAGGACGUGGCCAUGAACCUGCUCAAGCUCUUCCUGGGGCAGGGGCUGGCCAAGGACUUCCUGGACCUGCUCUUCCAGCUGGAGCUGAGUCGCACCAGUGAGACCAACACCCUGUUCCGGAGCAACUCUCUGGCCUCAAAGUCCAUGGAGUCUUUUCUGAAGGUGCUCCGGGCUGCACCGCCCGCAGACCGAGGCCGAGGUGCUGGAGCAGAGCGCGCAGACGCUGCGCGCCCACCUGGGGGCCCUGCUGAGCGCGCUCAGCCGCUCGGUUCGCGCGUGCCCCGCCGUGGUGCGCGCCACCUUCCGCCAGCUCUUCGGGCGCGUGCGCGAGCGCUUCCCCGGCGCCCAGCACGAGAAUGUACCGUUCAUCGCCGUCACCAGCUUCCUGUGCCUGCGCUUCUUCUCUCCCGCCAUCAUGUCGCCCAAGCUCUUCCACCUGCGGGAGCGCCACGCGGACGCCCGCACCAGCCGCACCCCGCUCCUGUUGGCCAAGGCAGUCCAGAACGUGGGCAACAUGGACACGCCGGCUUCCAGGGCCAAGGAGGCUUGGAUGGAGCCGCUGCAGCCCACCGUGCGCCAGGGCGUGGCGCAGCUGAAGGACUUCAUCAUCAAGCUCGUGGACAUCGAGGAGAAGGACGAGCUGGACCUGCAGCGGACGCUGAGUUUGCAGGCGCCACCUGUGAAGGAGGGGCCACUCUUCAUCCACAGGACCAAGGGCAAGGGCCCCCUCAUGUCCUCCUCCUUCAAGAAGCUCUACUUCUCCCUCACUACCGAGGCCCUCAGCUUCGCGAAGACGCCCAGCUCCAAGGACAGCCACAGUGUAGAAGACCCUGUGCCCCUUCUGGGGUGAGGAGUACCAAGUGCACCUGCCGCCCACCUUCCACGCUGUGGCUUUCUACGUCAUGGAUGAGGAUGCCCUCAGGUGAGUGCCCCCCUCUCCAGCUGGGACCCAGACCUGGCCAUCUGAUUGCUCCCUGGCCCAUUGCACCACCAGGACUCCUGGGUCCUUUUUGGCAUCCUCUUUGCAGCCUGGAGGGAGGCAGAGCCUGGGGGCCUGGGAGGGCGAAAGGCUUGAGCGUGUGGGUGUGCGCAUGCGUGGCUCCAUGGUGCAUGCGCCACAUACACACGUGUGUGUGCAGGCAUGCGGGCACAAGUGUGCAUGGACUACACGUGUGCGUGCAGUUGUGAGCUGUGAGAUGGGCACCCAGAGAGUGUGAGCUUGGCAUGUGUGGGCAUGUGAGAAACCUAUCACAUCCCCCUAGAGGGUCCAGAACCCACAGCCUACAGAAGGGCCACAGGUCCAGCUCUGUUGGGUUACUCUGGAAAUGACAGCGGUGUCCACCACCCUGCUCCCCCCGGGGGGGUCCUGAACUUGGUGGGAGGUCCCAGAGGGCAGAUACUGAAGC